UUCCCCGGCAUCCAUCCUCAUUUUCCCAAUUCUCACAUAAAAACCCCGCGCCGCCGCCUUGCCCAAUCCCUUAUUCCCUUCCUUCCCCUUCCGCCACCGCGUCCCUCCCCCUCCCCUCCCCCAUCGUGAUGCCAUCCAACCUCUCCGCCCCUCCUUGCCGCUCCAUAAAGCUCCGCGGCCGCAGGAUGUGGCCUCACCAUCACCAUUACAGCACAGCCCUCCCCAACACGCCCAAGAACUAGCCGCCGCUGUUCCCCAGGCGAGGCGCUUCGUCGAACGCUUGGCGUGCUCCUCCCUCCCCUUCCUUUCCCUUUCCUCUGCUAGAACUCGACCGAGAUGACCAUCACCUCCUUGGGCACGGCCCCGAACGCCGGCGGCAGCCCCCGUUCCACGUUGCUGGCGCCGCCCAAGGCAAGAAAGAUCACGACACACAAGAGUCGUCGUUUGCCUGGAGGCUGCGCCGGCGGGGCCGUGGAUGUGAGGAAUCAAGAAAAGGCAGCGAAUUUCGAGCGCCCGGGUGGUCCGUGCCAAGAACCCGAGGUAGCCGCCGUCGCCCUAGCGCUUCCUCCUCCUUCGAGGGUUCAAGAACCGUUGAAGCAGAAGCGUGGGCGCGACACCAACGGCAGGGAUAUAAUCUGGAAGUCCAAGAAGCGACGCUCGGCCGUGGCUGCAGCUCGUGAGCGUGGCAAUGCGAUGGCGGAGGUGAACAGGACGGCGGCUGCUGCCACGUCGUACCUAACCGUCCAAGAACCAGUUGGCAACAGGGACGGCGUCGAUUGCAUCUGCAAGAAGGGUCACCGCUCAUCAGGAGGGAGCAUUGGAGUGACCGUGGAUGAGAGGACAGAAGAAAAGGUUUGGCCUUUCAAGUUUGGUGCCCCUGUCCAUGGCCUGGAUGGCCUGCGCCAAGACUUGGAAGUUAGCGUCCCGGACCUUGCAUUGCCGCUUCGGAGUGUUCCGAAACCCAUGAAGCGUGAUCACCAUGGCAAGCGCACCAAACAUUCUGAUCAGGUGAACACGGCAGAGCCCUCAACUCCGCCCCAAGGAAUCCAGCGACCCGCAAUAAAAGCUAAGGCUGCUGUUCCGCGUGGUCGCAAGAGCACCAAACAUUCUGAUCUCAAGACCACGAAGGAACCUUUCAUGAGCUUGAACUCUGGGCUGCAAUUUUUGGGCGUGACCAAUGUGACACCAGUUCUUGCCAAGACUCUAACUCCCACCGAUUCCCGCUUGAACCAGGCCCGCUUGCAAUUCUCACGUCGGGUGGUCAUGGACUCGCCGCUGAUGAGCAUGCUCACACCAGAUGAGCGUCAAGCUGUGCAUAAAGAGGGCAAAUUGGAAGGGCUACAGUUGGAGGCCCUUGACCGACAUGGCCGCUCCUACAAUAUGAGGUUUGGGUAUAUCGGUAGCAAUAAAGCAUACCGCCUCAAGCAACAGUGGAGAAAGUUCUUGACACAAAAUGGCGUGAGCGAGGGUGAUUUGGUUGAGGUUGGGGCUUUCCGCGUCAAUGGUAGGGUCAUGCUAACGUUGUUGAAUUAUGCAAUGGAGGGCCCGACUCCCGAGGAGAUAGAGGCAGCGAAAGGCUUGUUAAUGCUGUCAGAUUUCAAGGAUGAAACAAAGUCAUAGCGAUCGUGUCCGGAAUAAUGCUUUGCAAAUGUUGAAGGAGGUGAAUUCAUAAUCAGCAUAGUUAGGGGUUAAACUUUUGUGUUCGCUGCUUAGUUUAGACUGUUUGGUGCCCUUGGUUACUA